AUGGCAUGCCACCUGGCCUCGGCAUGGCUGUUGCAGAACGGAGCAGGCAGCAUCACAGAGCCGAAGAAGCAGGAAUUGCGGGGCAUUCUGCUUGAAGACUUUGACCGGCUACUAGGGUUGCCCGGUCCACGGCCAGCGGCGGUCGAGGAAGAGAUUCAGCUCUUCUUGGCAAGCGGCCGUGCUUCAGAAUCCAAUUUCGGCCGCCUUCAACGGAGGGUAGAGACGCGGCUCGCGGGAAGUAGCAGGUCUGAGAGCAAUUACAGCCACAUCACAGAGACUUCACUGCGCCCGUCUGGUUGUGUGAGUGCACGAGAAUCGUCGAGCCGUGCGUUUCGCGAGGCAGCACCUGCACUGCCUGCACUAGCGACACGUUGCUGUGGCUCGUUCUCACCCUUGAUUGCAGGUGAAGCGGGAAGCUGCAGGCAGCCAAGCCGGGUUUCGCUGUUCAUGGGGGAAGGCUUGAGUAGAGGUAAGCCUUGA